AUGUCCCAAGAAGGCGGCGAAAGUAGUGGGGUUGUUGAAAACCCUGCAGAAGAUGUUGUGAAACAGGAAGAGAAUGAGCAGCUCGACUCGAGCCCAAUGGUAGACUCCCGGAAUCCUGUUCAGGAGAAUGGAUACCAUGAUGGAAAUGAAGAUUCCAGCAGCCAUGAUGAGCUUGUACAGAUGGUGGCAGAACUCGGUUUCCAGAAUGAAUAUUUGAAGUCACAGUAUGAGGGCUUGAAGACUGUUAUUCUGGAUUCUGAUGGGCCAGACCAAGAGAAAGCACAAAGUCAUGAUGACAGUGUGUUGGGUGGAGAUGUGAGACAGAUGCUUGAAGAAAUAAAAUCUCUGAAGACAGAACUUAUUGAGGAAAGGCAGACACGAGGUGCUGCAGAGGAAGCUCUCAAGCACCUAAGAGCCGCGCACUCGGAUGCCGAUCUGAAAGUGCAAGAGCUUUCUACCAAAUAUGCUGAAGCUCAACAGAAGAUGGAUCAAGAAAUAAAAGAACGGGAUGAGAAGUACUCUGAGCUUGAUUCUAAGUUCAACCGGCUCCAUAAAAGAGCUAAACAGCGUAUCCAGGAGGUGCAAAAGGAGAAAGAUGAUAUUGAAGCCCAGUUAAGUGAAGUUAAGAGCAAAGCUGAACUUGCAUCUUCUCAGCUGUCAGCACUGCAGCAAGAGUUGGAGCGCACGCGGCAACAUGCAAAUGAAGCACUAAAAGCAAUGGACACAGAGAGGCAACAAUUGCGAAGUACUAACAACAAACUUCGGGACAACAUUGAAGAAUUACGUCAUUCUUUGAUCCCCAAAGAGAAUGCUCUGGAGGCAAUGCAACACUCAAUGCAGGAGAAAGAACAGUUGUUGGAAGACAUGCGAGGGUUACUGCAGGUAGCUGAUGAAAAGCGUCUAGCUUCAAUUGCUGAACUUUCUCUAAAGCACCAGAAGCAAGUCGAGAAUUUUGAAGCCCAAAUGGCUGACUUUUUAUCAGAGAGAAGCAGAGCAACUGAAACAAUAUCAUCUCUGCGGGCAUUAAUUGUAGAGAAAGAUACCAAGAUUGCAGAGAUGGAUGCAGCUUCCAGUGGUGAAGCAGCACGACUUCGAGCUGCAAUGGAGAAAUUAAAAGGAGAGCUCAGUCAUCUGAAAAACGAACAUGAGAAAGAGAAAGGCGAUCUGGAAGCUGUAUUGCAGUCCUUGAGAUCAAAUCUGGAGAUUUCUGAGAAUCAUAGGGUACAUGCGGAAGUUGAAGCAGCCAGCUUACGAAGUCAAUUAGAGUCGGAACUUUCUGUGCAAUCUCAGCUGCUGGCUAGCAAAGAUGCCGAGCUAGGGGAAGCCAAAGAAAAGAUAAAUCGCAUUGAACAUGACUUUGCUUCAUACAAAGUUCGAGCUCAUGCCUUGCUUCAGAAAAAAGAUUCUGAAUUAGCUGCUGUUACGAACAAUGACCAAUUCAAAUCACUCGAAGAAGCUCUUAAGGAUGCUGAGAGAGAGAUAUUAUUAAUAUCUGCUGAGAAGGAUAAAGCUUCCCAAGAUCUCAACGAAGCGUUGACCAAUUCUGAAAAGGAAAUCUCCUCCAGGUGA